GCUGCCAUGUUGUUGUUUUAUUUUCGGGGCAGCGGCAGAGUUUCCAGCUGCUGUCGGUGUCCACGGACACAGCGGGCACUUUCUGAGGGGGAGGCACGGCUUUACUGACUCUAUCUGGAAUACAACUCAGCUUCAAGUCACCGUAAAAGUUGCCGUCGGGUGAGGUGAAGAUGGUGGACCGGCUUGCAAACAGCGAGGCCAACUCCAAGCGGAUCGCGGUGGUGGAGAGCUGCUUUGGCGCUGCGGGUCAGCCCCUGGCCAUCCCCGGACGCGUGCUGAUUGGCGAGGGCGUCCUCACCAAGCUCUGCCGCAAGAAGCCCAAGGCGCGGCAGUUCUUCCUCUUCAACGACAUCCUGGUCUACGGCAACAUCGUCAUCCAGAAGAAGAAAUACAACAAGCAGCACAUCAUCCCUCUGGAAAGCGUCACCAUCGACACAGUGCCGGACGAGGGCGACCUGCGCAACGGCUGGCUCAUCAAGACGCCCACCAAGUCCUUCGCCGUCUACGCCGCCACCGCCACUGAGAAGUCAGAGUGGAUGAACCACAUAGAGAAAUGUGUGGGAGACUUGCUACAGAAAAGCGGCAAGGCUCCCACCGGAGAGCAUGCCGCCGUCUGGGUGCCCGACUCGGAGGCGGCGGUGUGCAUGCGCUGCCAGAAAGUGAAGUUCACACCCGUCAGCCGCCGCCACCACUGCAGGAAGUGCGGCUUUGUGGUUUGCGGGCCGUGCUCUGAGAAGAAGUACCUCCUGCCCAGCCAGUCGUCCAAACCCGUCAGAGUCUGCGAGUACUGCUAUGUGCAGCUGACGUCGGGAAGCCUCGCGCCGCGGUCAGACUCCAUCAGCCGGCCGGGGUCAAAGUUCAACAGCAACAACCUGUCGGACGACGAGGACGAAGACGACAGCAGUGACUGAGGAACGCACCAUCCUCCCGAUGGCCUGUCCCCUCCCCUCGUCGAGGAAGAAGUGCUCUGCUGAUUUUUCUUUUUGUUUCUUUCUCCUCCCCGAUCGUCGGAUCAUGCUCCAUGCAACCGUGAGAUGAAUUCCACCCCUGAGGAUUAAUUCACCAGUUCGCUCUGGAGUUUCAGUCUCAUCUACAAACCAAAUAGUUUUAUUUUUUUUCCUCUAAUUCCAGCAGGGAUAAAUAUUUUCCUGAACAUCGGUUCAUUAAUCAGUGAGAUGUGGAAUUAACCGGGUGACCAGCAGAACUGUGAGGGAAAAAGUCUGACUGCUCGUCGCUUCCACUCUGCUCAGUCCGCCCUUCUCUCUUGACUCUUAAUUAGGCUGCAGUUAGUCACUACAGGACACAAUGGUGCUAAUGAGAAACUUCUCCUCCCCUCUGUCCUCCUCUUAAAUUAAUUUCAUCCUUGAGGAUUUUUUGCGGAAGACUCGUUUUCUCUCCCUUUUUUAAAAAUUUUCUGUCCAUGAACUACACAAGGUGACUGCUUGUAAUUUCUGCAGGGAAUAGCAAAUGUUUGGGCUCUAACCUUUAUCUCCUCUAUCCUUCAGGUAUUUUACCAAACAGGGCUUUUUUGUAACAGGAGUUUGGUAUUUUUCUCUCCAGCAAAACGUUCAGCUGAAGCAAAGAUCCCUUUUAUAGAUAACAGAAUGUUCAGAGCUUUUCUAGUUGACAUAAUGUAGUUGCUUCUGACAAAUCAGCUAAAGCUUCUCUCUCAGUGAGUGUGUUUGUGUCUGCUAACACUCCUCUGUUUGUUUUCUCAGCAGCUGCCCCCAAAAAAUAACUCUACCUUUUGCCUAUAUGGUCACGUAGUGCCUUUAUAGAAGAAAAUUGAGCUCAACCUUCAGUCAGAAAAGGGUUGUUUGUUAAUGAAUCCAGGCUGCAAAAACCGGGAUUUCAUGUUAGGGUGACACUGAAACACAUUACACAGGAUGGAGUCGUUUGGUUUUGUGCAUGUGUGCUGCUAGCAGAAGGGUAGGGAUAUUACCAACCAGCUGCCAGACGGGAAGUUCAAUUUGGACUUAUUCUCAAAAGUUUGUCUUCUACCAGAAACUUGAAUCCAGAGAAUAGACUUUAACCAGCCAUCAGUCAUUGUUACUGAAAUGAGAAUGUGUUUGAGCAGGUAAAUAACCAGGUGUUGGUUUUGAGAUUGAGCUGCUAAAAGGUAUUUUUUUCCCACUACUGGAACUUCCAACAACCUGAACCUAGGUUUUAGUUCCUGUUUUGUGUUUCCGACAGACGUGUCAUUAACAAGACGUCAUUUUCAUACAGUGUUUGGUCGGUCGGUGAAGUUCAGUUGUUGGGGCUAGUAUCCGGCUUAACCAUAAGUACCGUUGAAUGGAUGAAGGGCUCCAUCCGCAGUGGGAGGUGGACAGAAUGCAUCAGAGACUGAACGAGACCAGCUUCGGACCAGCACCCCGGAGCCGGCUGAGUCCUUCCGGACAGGUCGGAGGCUGGUCUCGCUCUCUGCCUGCUUCAUAGUGUCAAAUCACCCUGUCUUCUGGUCCUCUCCGGAGUCCAAAGACAGGGAGGUGACGGAGAAGGUGCAGAAAACAUUCUGUGACUCCAAAUCACAAAAUCCGGUUUAUUCAAAAAGACACGUUUGGCUCCACGUUUGAUAGGCUGACAGGCUCUAUCAUGGCAGGUGUGGCACCCAAAUACCAACGCUACAAAGGCAUUACUAGAAAAUGUAAUGAAAUGGGUAAGGUACAGCCCAACACUGUGUAAACAGUCUACAGCCCAGUUUAUAUGGUCACAGCAGAAUAUCACCUUUAUUUUUUUAUUUUUAUUUUUUAUUUUUAGCUUUUCUGCAGAGGUUUAGACUUGUUCAGAGGCUGUGUGACCUGAGAGAUGCAUGGAAGAGUUGAGUUUUGUUUUAGAGUCUUAAUUUUAUUUUAGCGGGGGGAAAAAAAAAAAAGAAAAACUGAUCAGGAACAUGAUAUAAAUAGGUUCUGUCACAGUUGAUUGAUACCUCCAGUGAAUGAAUGGAAUGUAAUGAAACGCAAUAAUGAGUCAUCAAUAAUCAGUCUAAGUGUUAGGACCUGCUUUGUGUUUUCUUUUGCAAUCACAAGAUUGUGUGUUGCAUCAUAGUCUGUGUAGUUCUUCCUCAUUCAGUUGUUAAGGUGUUUUGCAUUUACUGGAAUGAAACAGUCAGGAAAUCGGUGUGUAGUCCUCCUGUCAGUGCCACCCCCCCCGAACUCUGCUCCUCCUGGACGGUGGAGUUGAUGAACCGCACUGGAACGUUUGAGACUCUCUGCCAACACAAGCUAACAUGGCCAUCCCUCCCUCCAUCCUUCCUGGUGUCCUUUCAUCCCUCCUUCCCUUACAGCACCAUAACUUUCCUGUGAAAAGCACAGUCUACUGACCAUGUGACAUUUGUGUGUGUGACCCAGAUCAUGUGAUCAGACACCGAAGAAGGAAUUGAAAAAGGCUGCAUGGGGAAAUUCUGACAAGGUACCUGCUGCAGCUUGCAGAGGAUUCGGGUUCGCUUUCUCUCGCAGAUGUUCGUGUCGUCCAUUUCUCUUCCCAGCGACUCCCCUGAAGAGUUUGGUUCCUUUUUAAACGGGCGAUAUUUAACAGAACUGCAAGCGGCAGUGACUCAUCCCAGACUCAGAAAAAAGAAGUGAAAAACACCUAGUAGAUUAUUGCUAAUAAAUUAGAAAUGAAUUUAGUUUUGGUUUCAAGUUCUUGUGUUUGUGUGAUAUCACCCUAUUCUGCCCAUUUUUUUUUUUUUUUUUGGGAUAUAAAUGCAUUUCUUAAAAAUUCCCCCAUGGUCACUUAGACGUCUUCACAGGUCCAUUCAGUUUCUGGUAUCUGAGGCCAGGCCCAGGACUUGGAUGCCACUGGGAUUGUCAGCCAGAGUCCAGAUUGUAUUCAGUCUAAUCGGUUCAAGAAGGGUCCCGUUGUAUCUCUGCAUUUCCAGGGUCAAGAACUAAAGGGCAACGCGAACUAGCGGCGUCUUGACUUGCAUCGUCGUGGGUUGAUACACGUCGGUAUCCCGUGUUUUUCCAGGGAGAUGAAGAGUGUGAACUCUGAUCAUAGCUGCCCGCGUAGGUGUACUGGCUCUGUUUGGGGUUUGACCCCAUUCUGGACCAGGUCUGACUUUCCUCGGGUGCCUUUCAGAGCCGGUCUCUCUUUAUUUGGAGAACUGAUGACUUAUGGUUUUGGAUAGGGUCUCCACAGAGCUGUUUUGUACUGGGUACAGAAUUUUGGCACCUGUGAAGACUUCUAUUGGUCUUUGUUAUUUUACAGGCUUUCUUACUUCAGACCAGUUAAUUGAUGUGGUGCCUGAAGGGAUUUAGAUGUCGGUUUGUGGAACGAAACCCUUCGGAGGAGCAGUUUGGUGGAAACGGGAAACUGUGGAAAAACGCGCUGCAUCUGUGCCUGAGAUUAAGCAGGGAAAAAAUGUGGCUGCAGUUGCAUCUUAAAGAAUAUGAACAGCUCGGCCUCUGGCAAGCUGCAGUUGCAGCUACUACUUGGGAUGAGUGUUACAGUGUUGUCUUCAAACACUCAGCGUCAUCUUUCUACACAGUCAGUUAUUGGCAUUUUUGACAAGGUUAUAGCGGCAAGCAACUCUCAGAGCAGCGGAACAGGGAGAAGAAAGGGAUCAUUUUCUUUUUAUGUCUUGAUUUUAUAGAUUCGUGUUACUGUUAACGUUUAUGUUACUGCAAUAAAAAGCAACCUAAGUGAUUGGAGAGAUGAACACAGUAAUGAUCACUAACCAGCUGUCCUUUUAUACUCGCUGCGGCCGAGGUGCUGACGGAGGAGACGACUUCACCGUCGAAACUCAGAAGCACAAAGUCCGGCCUCAGGUUUGCUGUGGAUUGCACUUAACGUAGCUGUGGCAUGGACUCUGAUCCAGGAUGAGUUAUCGCCUCAUACUGUCAGAUCCACAGUGGCUCUGUUGGAUGUUUUAAAAUGAAUCUUCAUGUUGUUUCAGUCCUGUUGAUUUUUGUACAUUUGUACAGAUUUGUUGUGGGUUUUUGUGUUUUUUUUUUUUUUUUUUUUUUUUGGUUGUUGUACAGUUAUGAUCAGUUCUGAAAUGACGAUGUUUCAGGUCUCGCUGUGCCCUGCUCCUCCUCCUCCUCCUCCUCCAUUAGUCACAUCUGAGCAGCAUCUCCAACCCUUUCACACCAGCACGAUUUAAAAAAACAACAAAAAAACCUUUGUGUGCCAGUCGCAGCAUCAGGUUGAUUCCUGAGCUCGGCGGACACUGCUGACGUUUACCGCAUCUGUACUUUAAGCAUCCCUGUUCCUCAGGGAGGUCAGAGGUCAGCAGCAGCAGCAGCUGGAGGGGAUUCAGUGAUUUUUCUAGUGUCCUGGUCGAAGAUGUGUCAGCAGCAGGGUCGGAGGCUUGAACGCAGCUCCUCCUGUUGACAGCUUCAGCGUGUCUACGUGCGCUUCAGUAACCAGGUCACAGUCGACUUUCUCCAGCGAACUGAUCUCGUAAACGUAUAAAAGAGGAAACUGGGUUUACCCGGCUAAGUUUUUCCUGGAGAACGCUGGUUUCUUGCCCAUGUAUACAACUAACCAGGUUUCUGGUUGACUUUUUCCAUGUAUGCGUGUGCAGGACAAAGACUGCAGACGGGGAAAGCGUUAGAGCAGCUGAAUAAAUGAGACAUAAUCAGGCUACACGCAGUGAAGUGUUCUCACAUAAAAAACAACUCCAGUCUGAGUCUGAGUCUGAGUGAUACUGGCUCCAGGUAGCCUCUGGAAGGCUCAGUUUGUGGGUUUCCACUGCUGAACAUUGGACUGUUUUUCUAAUUCAGACACUUGUGUCCCGAGGAAGAAGCUCAGAGGCUCGGUCUGAAAACAUCGAACCCCCUCCAGAUGUUGGCUGGUAGACGAACGGAAACGAAACCUCACACAUCGGCAGUGUUUUGGUUUUUUUUGAUCUUCCAGACUGGUCACAACUGGUCUGCUUUGAAUGAUAUCGUCCAGCUGCUUGCUUGUUCACACUGCGAGCGACGUGUUUGACACGUGGCUCGCUUCUUUUUGAAAUCCCCCAAAUAACAAAAAAGGUGCUGAUAAGGUCCCGUUAAUAAAGAACGUGAAAAGAGAGGGAGAAACGAGGUUCCCGCUUCUCUCAGACCUCAGAGUCGAUGUAGUUCGACUUCUUCAAACAUCGGUUUGGACCUGUUUGGUUCUGUUUUGUUUAUUCGACCUUAACAAGCCUCUGCCGCGUUCAGUUGAUCCCUAUCGACUCAUUAAGUCUGAAAAUGAGCCCUUCAGCGUGCGACACCCCCCAGGUCCUUAUGCCGGCUGAUACUCGUGACCCCGUGGAGCGAUGAUAGGCCACCGCGGGCCGUGAAUAAUAGAAACCAAACGUAAACACUGUUGUUAAUCACACGUAGGCCGCUGCAUUCAUUUACGGCAGAAUGGUGAUAAUGGAAGCUCGGUGGUUGCGUGAAGCUGGAAUCGGUUCCCCGGACUAACCUGGUUCCAGUCCUCUGAACCGACACCCACGUCAGAUCUGGGUCAGAAAUCUGUGUCAGCGCGGCCGGAAUAAAUGAGUUGUGCUGAAUGAAUACGUCCAUGUAUGCAGGUUUCCAGUAGAGCAUUACCAGAACCGCCACAACGUCUGCUCUCCGCCCUGCUGUCUUUGUCGUGGUCCAGUCCCGGACUUCAUGGGGUCCUGUCAUCUCUCUGAGCCAGAGCCAGAGAAAUGGGGACAGAGAAGUGCGUGGAUGAGAUGUUUGCAGUCGCUACAGGUUGUUGUAAGUCGACCUACAGAAGUAAGUUUUAAAAGGACACGUUUCCUUGACUGACAUGACAAACACUAAGCUGACCGCUCCCAACAACCACCGCUGCAGCUUCUGUCGUCUGAACCCGACAGGACGGACGUGUCACGUGCUAACGACGGCUCGGAGUCGAAUAAUGCCUCUGCUGUCAUGGAAAACAUCUGAGCGUGAAAUGAUUUCGAACUAAAUAAAGUGGCGCCUCAGUCUGACAUCGAGCUUUCGUCCAACAGACGUGACACCUUGUCCUUUCAGAUGCAGUUUCCAGGUGAUUAAAUUUGGGCAUUUUCAAACUCAACAGGUUGACAGGGAUCACCCUAAACUAAAUCUGCAGCUAUCCAUUAUAUUCAUUGUCAGUUAAUCAGUUAAUCAGUCGACAGUCACCCAGAGGCAAAGGUGAUGCCUUCAAAUGUCUUGUCUUGUCUGAGCAACAGUCCAAAACCCAAACCAGAGAUAUUCAGUGUCCAGUGACAUAAAACGAGGAGAAGCCGAUAAAGACAGAAGCUAAAACUUGCGAAUGUUGCGUGUCUGUAGUUAGUCUCUUGAAGAGGUGUAAUUAUACACAUAUGAAAACGUGAAAAGAGAGAAAAGUAAAUGUUCUGCUGAGGAUCCGCCUGGGAUCAAAUCAUCUUUUUGGAGAAGUGUGCAAGCGUCACAUUUCAGUUAGUCUGUCAUCAAAAUAGUCCGUCGAUUGACUGACCAACGAACCGACUCACCGUGUCAGCUCGACCCUGAACGCAUGGUAAAAUUCCACGGGGGGGAAAAAACGAAGGAGCCGACCCACGUGGCCGCCGAAGGCCCCUGCCGCUCACAGUGUGAACACGCAGCAGCUGAGGUCCACAGGACUUGACUAAUCGCUCAUUUCCGAAGGCGAAUUGAAGAAGAGCUGCAGAUCCCGAGACUUAGGAGGAGGAAAACCGGAUUUUCCCGGUGAGAGACCCGUGAGGAGGUCACCUGGGACAGCUGACAGACAGACGGUUGUGUGGUUUGAGUUUGGUUUUGUUGUGCGAGCUGCUCACUCCUGUCUCAUGGAUUUUUCCUGUUCUCUCUCUGUAAGGCUCAUUGAUGGUGGCAGAUUUGGUGUUUUUUUGUUUGUCUGUUUUUUUUUGAUCAUUUUAAUUCUUUUUAAAAAGCUUCUAAAAAGGGCUUCAAUCAGAAUGUAACCCAGCAUAUCAAUGUUCAAUACUAAUUCCUUCAGAAAUCUUUAAGUUUAUAUUAUAUAUAAAUAAUGUAUUGCUUGAAGUCA